AUGGGUUCGCAGCAGCCACCAGAUGUUUUCUGGACAUUGUCACCAAUUGGACAGGCGUUGAUGGUACUUGCAGUUUUAUGGCUGCUUUCGACCAGGUCUUGGCGGCUGAUGCUCCUGCUGCUUGCAAUGCAGUUUUCGGCUCACAUGAACGCCGGCUACAACGGUCCUCCUGCUGAGCGUCCACAAACGCCAGCAAACAUUAGCACAGCCGUAGAUACUUCUCUGAGAACCGUUUGA